UGUCUAACGUCAAUCUUAGGAAAGUUGAAUAAAUCAUCUUUGUAAAUACAGCUGUUUCUGCUAUGAUUAAAUUUUCACAUAAUAAAUGUUUACGAUUAUUAUUAUUACAAAUUUUUAUUAACAAAUUUCAAGUGUAGAUUUAUUUGUUGAAUAUCAGAAACGAGAAACAGCACAAUAUUUUGGUGAAAUAUAUACACAAAAAAGACAGUAUUUGACCUCCUUUUCUUCAGGAGUUUUAGCAGUUUAGCAGCAGCUGCUUUGGAGUGCAGGUCAUGUCAUAGCAACAGGACUCUAUGUACAAACAAAGGAAUAAGAUAUAUUCAUUCUAGUCAUCAUGUCUGACAAAGAUGAACAAAUGGAACAAGAUGCGGAAAAGUGUAAUAUUAAUAAUCCUAACAUUCCUAUAGAAUGUCCAACUUCAUCUCGUCAAAUAGAAGAUGAUAAACAUUCAAAAGAACAAGAUAUACCUAAUAUGAUGAGCGGAUGGACUGGAGCAUCACCACCAAAGUUUGUGUCUCAUGAAGAAAUUAUAAAAGCUGCAAAAGGAAUGACAAAUAUGGCAUUGGCGCAUGAAAUUGCGGUUGAUACGAAUUUUCAAUUACAAAAAUUGGAACCGGAUGAUGGUACUUUUCAUAGAAAAGUUAAAGAAAUUAUGCAUAAAGCUUUUUGGAAUUUGUUGGCAGAACAAUUGAAUGAAGAUCCACCGAUUUAUACACAAGCCUUUAUUUUAUUGAAAGAAAUUAAAGAUACAUUGGAUGAACUUGUGUUAUCACAUCAUUCAAAAAUUAAAGAAAAUAUUAAAGAAGUUCUUGAUAUUGAUUUGAUUAAACAGCAAGCAGAAAAAGGUGUAUUAGAUUUUCGCCAUUAUGCAAAUUACAUUAUUUCUAUUAUGGGCAAAGUUUGUGCACCGGUUAGAGAUGAAAAAAUAGAAGAAUUGAAAAAAGAGCAAGAUGUUAUUGAAACGUUUAAAGGUAUAAUGGAAGCUUUACAACUGAUGAGACUGGAUUUAGCAAACUUUACGAUAACUAUGAUGAGACCAAGUAUUGUUGCUUCAAGUAUUGAAUACGAAAAGGCUAAGUUUGCAGAAUUUUUAAAAAUUAAUUCAAAUGGUUUAUAUUAUACUAAAAAGUGGUUAUUGAGACAUUUUAAUGAAGAAGAAAUUGACAAUGAUUUUAAUCAUGAUAAUCAAGUAAGACAAAUUACACAUCGUCUUUUAACUGAAGCUUACCUUGAUCUUCUAGAAUGGGAUUUUAAUCCAGAUGCAGAGACUUUGAUGCUUGAUCAAGGUAGAUUGGUAGAAUUACGUGAUAAGACUAGCAGAUUGAGUAUUAUUGGUUCUAUAUUAUUAUUAACAAAUAAUACCGUUGGAACAUCGAUACAAGAUGUUGCUAAGUUUAAAAAUAGUGUAAAGAAGAAUUUAACAGUGUUAUUAGACUCGGUACAUUCAAAUAAAGAUUUAGAAACGGUAAUGCCAAAUAUCGUUUUGCAAGUAAUAAAAGAUCUUAAAGCAACGUUAGAGGAAAUUGGUGUUGGAAAUUUAUCAUCGGAUUUAGAAAUAUCAUUGGAGGGACAAAUAACAGAUUUGAUUAAACCAGAUCAUAAGAUCAGAAGUCUCGUUAAUUUAAGGAUCAGACAAUUUUUACAAAGAAUUAUACAAUCUAAGAGUGCUAUUCCUCAGCAAGUACCAAUUGGUCUUUCGUCUCUUCAAGAAGAAUUAACAGCUAUAGCAGCACAAUUUUUAAUACUUGUUUCUCAUAACAGAAGUGUAUUUGGGGAAUAUUAUCAAGAAAUUGUCAGUAAUGCACUUUCUUCCAUACGUGAUAAUGACGUGACGAAAAAUGUAAUGAAAGAAAAUUCUAAUUGAUGCCUCUAAAAAAUGUGAGAAUAUAUUUGAUUUUAUAUUAUGAGACGUUCAAGAAUCUGGAAAACAGUUUUACAAAUAAAUACUAUAAUGAUUUAAUAGUAUGAGAUAAAACAAUCUCCGCAAUAUUAUGCAUAGAAGUUCAUAAUUAACUAAUUCUAAUUAAUAUCUUCUGUAUUUUUAUUAAUUUCAAGUAUUUCAAUAUAUAUAUAUAUAUAUUCAUAUAUUUUGUAAGGGUUUACAUAACAAUUAAUAUAAAAUAAUAUUUCUUUAUAUUUGGUGCCGCAAUAUUAUAUCUACAUAAAGAUUUCUUUAGAGUACAAAGUUGUAUGUAUUGUAUGUAUCAACGUAUCACACAUCAUACAUACAUACACACACACACAUAUAUAUAUAUUAUAUAUAUAUAUUUGUAUGGAAUUUUUUG